AUGGCUGCUCCCACCACCCAAUCUCUGAAGUGUGUCGUGACCGGUGACGGUGCUGUAGGCAAAACAUGUCUGCUUAUUUCGUACACUACGAACGCGUUCCCCGGAGAAUACAUUCCGACUGUCUUCGAUAACUACUCGGCAAAUGUUAUGGUCGAUGGAAAGCCCAUAAGUCUUGGUCUAUGGGAUACUGCUGGACAGGAAGAUUACGACCGCCUGCGGCCGCUUUCAUACCCCCAGACCGAUGUCUUUUUAAUCUGCUUUUCCAUCGUCAGCCCACCCUCAUUUGACAACGUCAAGGCAAAGUGGUACCCAGAGAUUGACCAUCACGCGCCCGGCGUACCAAUUAUCCUCGUCGGCACAAAGCUCGAUUUGAGGGACGACGAAGCGACCAAGGAGAGCCUAAGGCAGAAGAAGAUGGCUCCUAUACAAUACGAGCAGGCUGUUAUGGUUGCGAAGGAAAUCAAAGCCCAGAAGUACCUGGAGUGCUCAGCGCUGACACAGCGAAAUUUGAAGAGCGUUUUCGACGAGGCGAUCCGCGCCGUACUCAGCCCUCGUCCACAGGCGACAGGCAAAGUCAAGAAGAGCAAGGGUUGCACUAUCUUGUAG